GCGGUCCCACCACCACUGUCAAAAUUGUUUGUUGACAAUUCUCGUGGGCCGGUUUGUUUUGGUCGCUGUCGCCUCCCUUCCAAAUUUCCGUACGGGUAUUUCCAAUUUCCAUGCCUUUAUUCCGUUAUUUUCCAUUUUUCACAUUCCUACUUUACACUCCGGCAAAAGGGAAUCAACCCGAAGAACGGCACAACCUCUACAUCGAAGAACACCAAAAUUACAUAAAUGCAAUACAUGAAGCGCUUAAAACGUAUGAAGAAACAUCCUGUGAAAACUGUUCCUGCUAUGAUAAUGUGAUAGCGAACGAUUUAGCACCUUUCAAGGAUGGAAUAACGAAAGAACUACUUGGAAAAACGUAUACAAGUGGUGUUAAAUAUCAAGUGAUAAAUAAUAAGGUUUACAGACGGCAUGAUUGUCUGUUUCCGUCUCGUUGUGAAGGGGUCGAUUAUUUCCUAAAUAAAAUUCGUAAUGAAUUACCUGAUGUCGAAUUUGUCGUGAACUUUCAUGACUGGCCACAAGUGAAUCGUCAUUUUAAUUUACGUCUUCCGGUGUUUUCAUUUAGCAAGACUGAUAGUUUUUUUGAUAUUAUGUAUCCCGCCUGGAGUUUUUGGAAGGGAGGCCCAGCAAUCAAGAUUUAUCCAGUCGGCAUCGGAAAGUGGGAAGAGCAUAGAAAGAAAAUAAUCGAAAUGUCUGAUAAGUGGCCAUGGGAGAAGAAACUAAACAUUGCUUUCUUCCGAGGAUCAAGAACAAGUUCCGAGAGAGAUAAUUUGAUUCGAUUGUCCCGAUCAGAUCCAACACUGCUUGAUGCGGCUUACACAAAAAAUCAAGCUUGGAAAUCAGACAAGGAUACAUUGAAUGCCCCAGCAGCCGACGAAAUACCAUUAGAAGACCAUUGUAGAUACCGUUAUUUAUUCAAUUUCCGUGGUGUAGCUGCAAGUUUUAGACUGAAGUAUUUAUUUCUCUGUAAAUCUCUAGUUUUCCAUGUAGGCAACGAAUGGAAAGAAUUUUUCUACGACAAUUUGAAACCUUGGAUUCAUUACAUCCCUGUCGACAGUAAUUAUACUCAAGAGCAGUAUAAGAAAUUGCUGUUGUUUGUCAAACAUGAAGAGGAAAUUGCAAAACAGAUCGCCGAAAGGGGUUAUAAUUUUGUUAAAAAUAACUUGAAGAUAACUGAAGUGAUCUGCUACUGGAAAAAAUUACUUCUAGCUUACAGUGCAUUACUGACAUUUUCCCCGGUUUUAGAUGAUACACUGGCCAAUGUAACUACUUAAAUCAUAUGCUGUGAUUAUUUUUAAAUAAAUUUUAUAAUAAAAC